AUGACUGCGAGCUUGUCGAAUCGAAAGGAAUACCAAGAUAUCUUCCACUGGGCAGAGACCCAGCAGGACGGGGCUAUCCCAUCAUUCGGACUUCAAAAAGAUGAUCCCUAUGAGGAUCAAUCGGGGUUCAACAAUAGUUUUGCAUCCGAAGCAGUGCCUGGAACCCUGCCUCAAGGGCAGAACAGUCCCAGAAAUGUGCGGUUCGGGCUAUAUGCCGAACGGAUGACGGCUUCAGCCUUCGUCGCACCUCGACACCUCAACAAGAAAGCUUGGCUUUAUCGAGCCAGACCGUCGGUCGCCCAUCAGGGUUUCAUGAGAAGGGGCCACUCCCACGUAGGACUGCCUGACAAUGAAGAUACGGAAGCAAACUUCCCGCCGAGCAACCCAAGAUUCCACCUUUCUCCUACACAGCUCGCAUGGCUUCCGUUCGAUGUACCCGACGGCGACGGGAUCGACUUCGUCGCUGGACUCAAGACGAUCGCUGGAUCCGGCGACCCCACCCUACGAGAGGGAAUCGCAACUCACAUCUACGCUGCAAACUCCGACAUGAAGAAGACAGCUUUUGCCAACUCUGGUGGUGACUAUCUCGUAUGCCCACAGCAAGGUGCUCUCGAUGUCCAGACAGAAUUCGGCAUGCUUUGCGUUCAGCCAGGUGAGAUUGUGGUCAUUCAACGGGGCCAAAAAUUUAAAGUCAAUCUGCCUGACGGUCCUUCGCGAGGAUACAUUCUUGAGGUCUGGGGUGCCAACUUCGAACUUCCUGAAUUGGGCCCACUCGGUGCGAAUGGACUGGCCAACGCUAGAGACUUCCUGCACCCUGUGGCCGAGUAUGAGAUCGAGCAGGAGCCAUGGACUGUCACAUACAAACUUGGUGGGAAGUUAUUUCGAAGCUCUCAACAGCACAGCCCCUUCGAUGUUGUUGCAUGGCAUGAAAACUAUGUUCCUUACAAAAACGAUCUCACCAAGUUCGUAAAUGUUGGUUCUAUCUCAGUGGACCAUCUUGAUCCCAGUAUCUUCUGCGUGCUUACUGCCCGUUCUCGGGAUCCUGCUGCACCACUAGCCGACUUCCUCAUCUUCUCACCUAGGUGGGACGUGGCUUCACACACAUACCGUCCUCCGUAUUUCCAUCGAAAUGUUGCAUCAGAAUUCAUGGGACUUCUUUAUGGUGACUACGGCGGUCGAUCAGGUGGGUUCCAGCCUGGCGGUGCAUCCUAUGAGAGUGGUAUGGUUCCACACGGCGUGGCUUAUGAGGAGUUCAAAGCCGCAACUGAGAACGAACCUCCAGUAAUGCAGAUCUCCAAGGGAGCAGUCGCAAUCAUGUUCGAGAACUCGAGACCAUUCACUAUUACCGACUUCGCAUGGAACACUGACAAGAAGCACGAACACGAUCCCAAGAUGUGGAAUAAUCUUGUUGACAACUUCUCAAAGCACCAAGAUGAGGUCAAGAAGUUAUUGGCAAGCAAGGAGAAAGCACGAACAUAG